ACGUUACACGUCAAAUUUCAUUUAUCUCACACAAAUUUGCAUCGUGUGUGCUAUCUAUCCCACUAGCCAUAUUUCGGGUACCAAGUAGCUUAUUAUAAAAAUGGACGCCGGCGGCAAGAUUGGUGGUAAAAUUGGUGGCAAGAUAGGUGGUAAGGUUGGCGGUUUGGGUAAGGGUGGUAAAGGCAAGGCUGGUGCUGGCAAGGGCAAGAAGACUCCUAUGAGUCGUGCUGCACGUGCUGGUCUUCAGUUCCCUGUUGGUAGGGUUCACCGUAUGCUCAAGUCUCGCAUUUCCGCUGACGGUCGUGUGGGUUCCACUGCUGCUGUGUACACCAGUGCCAUUUUGGAGUAUUUGACUGCUGAGGUGUUGGAGUUGGCUGGUAACGCUUCUAAGGAUUUGAAGGUCAAGCGUAUUACUCCUCGUCACUUGCAGUUGGCCAUUAGGGGUGAUGAAGAGUUGGACACAUUGAUCAAGGCUACUAUUGCUGGUGGUGGUGUCAUUCCUCACAUUCACAAGGCUUUGAUGAACAAGGUUCCUCCUCAGGUUCUUGUUAAGCCUCCACAGCCUCAACCUCCACGUCGCGUGUAGGCCUAUUUAUUA